CUCUGAUAGUGCUGCUGCUUCGCCCGCGCUCCCCGAAAAUCAGAAGCGAAGCGCGCGCGGGAGGACACGAGGAGCGGCGCUGGGAAGCACAGCAGGCCUCGACGCCGCAGGUUCAAUUUCAAUAUCAAUGUCUGCGAGGUUUGAUGUUGGGACCAAUUCAAUUCCAUGGCCCUCAAUAUCAACAUCAACAUCCAAAUGGAGCCUUAGAAUAUUACUACUACACAUGAGGAUAUAGGAGGCCAAAUUUGGUGAGUGAGUUGGACUUUCUCUCAUCGACAUACUGCAAAUUGUUCAUGCAGGGUUGAGAAUAAGAAACAGUGAUCUUUCCUACUUGGGCGAAAUGCCUUGUUACUACGACGUUGCCGACAUCCUCAUGGAGGAGGAGCUUAUUUCGGUUGUUUUCCAAGUAACUGCAAAUGGCAUUGGUCUGCUAGAUCCUGGCGCCGAGAGAAACAGUGUUGAAAAGGGUGCUAAAUUAGACCUUCCAUUUUGGCUUGCGCAUGGAAUGCUGUCUCUGGAACAAGCGGUGUCAAUAAAUGUACCUCCUUGCUUCACCCAGAAAACUCGGAAGGAGAUCCAAGCUGAUGCAGCCUGUGUUGAUUUGAGGGUUCGGCGCCCUUACUUUUAUGAGCUUGGAUGCAAGAUUGUUCCUCUGGUGGGUGACAAGAGCAUUGGCCAGUUCUUGCGCUACGCGUUCACCAGUAGGUACAAGGAGAUACUAAGCAAGGCACACAGCUCUUCGACGAUGACAGUGCCCAAGUUCGCAACACGCCUUACAAAAGAAGAAGCUCAAGUGUUCGAAUCUGCUAGGGAAUCUAUGUCCGCCUUCAGGAAGUGGCGUGUCGGGGGUGCGAGGCUGCAGAAGGCGUCCAUUCUUGGAAGGAAGAGGAAGACAAAGCUGCCUGACGGGCCUUCGACGCCCUGAAUUAUUUUUACUGUCGAGCAGAGUGCCUGGGCGGGAGAGGGCCAAUGUUUGCACACUGAUCGAUCUGGUACUGUAAGUGUAUGGAACAGAAAAAGCGUGAAAGGCAGUUCUGAUAUGCGAUCAGACGUCGGCGUACCUGAUAUGUUUGUUUGAAUACUCGUAUCUUCAAUUUGUCAGUUGGACACACCUUAAUUGGAGUAAGAGGCUGGGGUUCGCCUCCUGGGUUGGCCAUCUCAUCUUA